AUGAAGACCUUUAUUUGUUUUGCAGCCGCGGUGGAUAGCAGCCAGUGGGGAGGAAAAACAGGUUGGACUAAAACUCCCAAACCGCAUGGUAAACCUGUCGGACUUCCGGUCAAAGGGCUGGACUUAAAUUACAAUGUACAGAAAGAUAUGGUCUGCGAUGACCUUGACAGCACGCAAGACUGGAACUGUAGCGAUGGGUUCAAAGAGACUAGCGUUUGCCAAACAACCUGUGGAGAAACUGGUUCAGUGAAAACGGAGAAAGUAUGUGCCUGUCAUAGAAUUGUCGGCAACGCGAAGCUUUUUCUUGGAUGCAGAUGGCUCAAUAAAACAGAAAACGAAUGCUUAACCGAAACUAAGAAGCAAAUUAUCUCCACUAAGAUAGACCUUCCAGAGAAAGAACAGAGGAUCGAGAAAGAAAGAGAGAUCAAGCCGGAAGAAGAUCCAGAGGAAGAAGAAUCUCGGAUCGUAGUGGUUGAAACACCUAAAGAGAACAAGGUAAAAUAUGCUACUGGAAAUUGUGAGAAGCUUGAAGAUAUGGAUAAUUGGAGUUGUGUACAAGCCAACAAAGAUAGUCCAGUAGUCAUGACUUGUAGCCGCUUGUGUCAGACGAAAGACCGAUUCCGAACGGUACGCAAUCGUUGCAUCUGCAUCGCUGGAAAGUGCCGCUGGCAAAAGGCUCAUGUUCAAAGCUGCCCGAAUUUGAGAGCGGGCCUCAUUCUUCCGCCUGUUUCGUUGAAGAGUGCAGGCUCUGCCGACAAAAGUGAGAGUCAGUCGCUCUUCUCCGUCUUUUCGGCACACGUGACCGACAAGGCGAAGGUCGAUGAUUCUAGUGGAAAAUACGUUCACCCUUUCGAGUUCCUGCAGAAGUUCCAGAGCUGGAUGUACGACAGCGGUCUCCUUUCCCCGCAAAAUAAAGACCUCCUUAUCGAAAUGUAA